AUGAUACUGCAAUUUCUGCUGUUGCUGGUGGCCCACAUACUGCCCAAAGAGGUUCAUAGACGCCCCUGAAGAACUCUGAGCCUGUUUCAUAUCACAAGAAUUUAGAAACACUCCGGUACCUCCAGGUCCGUAGCUGAUUAUUCCACUGGCACCUUUGUGUUGUUGAUGGAAGUAUUGGCCGUUGUUGUUAUUACUACCGCUUCCUCCGUUUGAGGGCAUGGGCAUGUAGCAUCGAGGAGCAAUGACUGGAGGUCGUACGGAGCUGGAACUGCUUCCACUGAUUGCUAUGGAGACUGGACGCUGAUAGACGGUGUUUCCACCGCUGACAAAGGCAGUGGCUGCACUACUAGCACCUGAUUGGUGUGGGGGUAAGGGUGGAGGGACUGUGACGCUAGAUUGUCGAUGGAUGUAGGCCUGUUGUUGCUGAUGGUGGUGGUGAUGAUGAUGGGAUGGUUUUUGUUGGGCAAAUAGAUGUGUUGAAUGGCUGUUGGUGGGUUGUUGGAGAUGAGGAUGAUUGAGAUGGGAUUGACUAGGCUUCGGUUGAUUAUUGAAUUCAUUAUACACCACCGGCAUCGAGUUUCGAUAGCUCACUCCACCACCACCACCGCCACCACCACCCCCAUUGGUACUCCUAUGGCCAUGAUGGGCAGUAGUUUUCGAUACCGAGGGCAACUGAGGAGCAAUUCCGGGAUCUCGAAAGAGUCUCACUCCAGGGACUUCAAACACGCUGGUACAAUCGGGGAGUUUCGCCAAUGCUUCAAGAGGUAA